GAGGGAGGGAAGUCAGCGGCUCUCUCGCCGGGCCACUUUCCCUGCGCGAUUCCCGGAGCUCCCUGCAGGAGGUGAAAGUCCCCGGCGGGUCCGAUGGCGUAGUUGCGCCGCGGCGCAGCAGCUGCUGGAGCUCGCGGCCGCUGAGCGCUGGGCGGGGAAACUUGCCUCUGCUUUCCUCCGAAUCGCUGCGGGUGGAUCUCCGCUUGACACACCGCCGCCGAGGCAAUUUGAAAAUUGCAAAGAGAGUUUUUAAGGCCACUUCAGACUUGCAAAGAUUGUGUGUGAUCUGAAGAACUCCAGGCUGAGGUGACUGGAAAAGACACACUGUUGGAGGAAUAAAAAUGACUUCCCAUUAUGUGAUUGCCAUGUUUGCCCUGAUGAGCUCCUGUUUAGCUACUGCAGGUUUGGAGCCCAGCGGCCAGUGUGAACUGUCACCUGUCAACGCCUCCCAUCCUGUGCAGGCCUUGAUGGAGAGCUUCACUGCGUUGUCAGGCUGCGCCAGCAGAGGCACAACUGGGCUGCCACAGGAGGUGCACGUCCUGAACCUCCGCACUGCCGACCAGGGGCCUGGCCAGCCGCAUAAGGAGGUCACUCUGCACCUGAAUCCCAUAUCCUCAGUCCACAUUCACCACAAGCCUGUUGUGUUCCUACUCAACUCCCCGCAACCCCUGGUCUGGCAUCUGAAGACAGAGAGACUUGCCACUGGGGUCUCCAGACUUUUCUUGGUGUCAGAGGGUUCUGUGGUCCAGUUUUCAUCGGGAGACUUCUCCUUGACGGCAGAAACAGAAGAAAGGAAUUUCCCCCAUGGAAAUGAACAUCUGUUAAAUUGGGCCCGAAAGGAGUACGGAGCAGUUACUUCAUUCACUGAACUCAAGAUAGCAAGAAACAUUUAUAUUAAAGUGGGGGAAGAUCAAGUGUUCCCUCCCACGUGCAACAUAGGGAAGAAUUUUCUCUCGCUCAACUACCUUGCUGAGUACCUGCAGCCCAAAGCAGCAGAAGGGUGUGUGAUGUCCAGCCAGCCCCAAGAUAAGGAAGUCCACAUCAUUGAGCUAAUCACCCCCAACUCUAACCCCUACAGUGCUUUCCAGGUGGAUAUAAUAAUUGACAUUAGACCUUCUCAAGAGGAUCCUGAGGUGGUCAAAAAUCUCAUCCUGAUCUUGAAGUGCAAAAAGUCUGUCAACUGGGUGAUCAAAUCUUUUGAUGUUAAAGGACACCUGAAAGUUAUUGCUCCUAACAGUAUUGGCUUUGGGAAAGAGAGUGAAAGAUCCAUGGCAAUGACCAAAUCAAUAAGAGAUGACAUUCCUUCAACCCAAGAGAAUCUGGUGAAGUGGGCUUUGGACCAUGGCUAUACUCCAGUCACAUCAUACACAGUGGCUCCUGUGGCUAAUAGAUUUCAUAUUCGGCUUGAAAACAAUGAGGAAAUGAGAGAUGAAGAAGUUCAUACCAUCCCCCCUGAGCUGCAGAUCCUGCUGAACCCUGCCCUGGAGAACCCGGCCAUCCGGGGAGGGGGAGGCCGAAUUGGAGGUCUCCCCUUCCCUUUCCCCGAUAUCUCCAGGAGAGGCCUGAAGGAAGGGGGAGAAGAUGGGAUCCCUCGGCCAAAGGACCCUGUCGUCCCCAGCAUACAACUGUUUCCUGGUCCCAGAGAGCCAGAAGAGGUGCAAGGGAACAUGGACGUUGCCCUGUCAGUCCAAUGUGACAAUGAAAAGAUGGUCGUGGCUGUAGAAAAAGAUUCUUUUCAGGGCAACAGCUACUCAGGGAUGGAGCUUACCCUGCUGGAUCCUACCUGCAAGGCCAAGAUGAAUGGCACCCACUGGGUUUUAGAGUCUCCCCUGAAUGGCUGUGGUACUCGGCACCGGCGGUCAGCCCCCGAUGGUGUGGUUUACUAUAACUCUAUUGUGAUACAGCUUCCAUCAUUCCCUGGGGAUAGUAGUGGUUGGCCUGAUGGUUAUGAAGAUUUGGAGUCAGGUGAUAAUGGAUUUCCAGGAGAUGUGGAUGAAGGAGAUGUUCCCUUAUUCAGCCGACCAGAAAUUGUGGUGUUUAAUUGCAGUCUGCGGCAGAUGGGAAGUCCCAGUAGCUUCCAGGACCAGCCCAACGAAAACAUCACCUUCAACAUGGAGCUGUACAACACAGAUCUCUUUAUGGUGCCCUCCCAGGGUGUCUUCUCUGUGGCAGAGAACGGACACAUUUAUGUUGAGGUGUCUGUUACUAAGGCUGACCAAGAACUGGGAUUUGCCAUUCAAACUUGCUUUAUUUCUCCAUAUUCAAACCCUGAUAGGAUGUCUGAUUACACCAUCAUUGAGAACAUUUGUCCUAAAGAUGAAUCUGUGAAAUUCUACAGCCCCAGGAGAGUGCACUUUCCUGUUACACAAGCUGAGAUGGAUAAGAAGCGAUUCAGCUUUGUCUUUAAGCCCAUCUUCAACACCUCACUACUCUUUCUACAGUGUGAGCUAACAUUGUGUACCAAGAAGGACAAGGAUCCCCAGAAGCUGCCGAAGUGCGUGCCACCUGAUGAAGCCUGCACCUCGCUGGAUGCCUCAAUGAUCUGGGCCAUGAUGCAGAAUAAGAAGACGUUCACCAAGCCCCUUGCUGUGAUCCACCACAAAGCAGAAUCUAAAGAAAAAGGUCCAAGCGUUCAGGAACCAAAUCCAAUUUCUCCACCAAUCUUCCACGGUCUGGACACCCUAACUGUGAUGGGCAUUGCAUUUGCAGCAUUUGUGAUCGGAGCACUCCUGACGGGGGCCUUGUGGUAUAUCUAUUCUCACACAGGGGAGACAGCAAGAAGGCAGCAAGUACCCACCUCGCCACCGGCCUCAGAAAACAGCAGUGCAGCCCACAGCAUCGGCAGCACGCAGAGCACGCCCUGCUCCAGCAGCAGCACAGCCUAGCCCGGCCUGACAGCUGAGCUGCCCCCCAGGGUCCCUUGUAAAGAGAGAGUGAAUUUCAGUGUAAAGAUCACCUGUCGUAUUCACCCCCCCCCCAAGGGCUAGUGUAAAUGUGACCCCUGGACUUCGGUAACACACUAGAAUUCAUGUGAGAAAGCUAAGAUGGUGGCCUUCUCCACCAGUCCCUCACAGGCCUGGGGGGUUUUUAAUGUGAAACACAUGCCAGUUUUUAAAAUGCUGCUUUGUCCAGGUGAGAACAUCCAUAAUCUGGGGCCCUGAGUUUUGCCUAGUCUCGAGGAAUUGGUAAAAGAAUAAUAGCCAGAUAGUAGAACAGCGAGGCAAUGUGGCCAAAGAUUCUUUUAAAUCCAAACCAAGAUGUAAAACUUGCCUCAAGGCUUUCUAAGUGGUUCUCCUUGUCUAAUUUGCACCUUUGUCUGGAUGCACACUUCUGAGCUUGCGGUCAUGCCCUGUGGGUCUGAUAUGUCUGCUUGAUAGGGCAGCACCCUUGGGGACUGCAUCCUGAUACCUGUCAAGGCAACAUUCCUUUCUUGUGCCCUGGGCCAAAACCAAUGCUGAUUACUGUGUCAGCUUUCUGUUCCUCCCCACACUUGCACAUGCUGACUGCAAAAUGUCUUAAUGCAAAUUUUGUAUUUCUUACAGGCAUAUAGAAAUUGAAAAUGGCCAGAAUCUGGAAUUGCAGAUUUGUGCCCAUUUCUGACAUUUUGUUCUGAUAAAUUAAUGUGUAAAUUGGGGCAAAGUUCAGUUAGUUGUAAAGUUGAGGAGGAAUCUGUAGUGAUAGGUGUGUGUGUACGCAAACACAAGUAUAUAUAAUACGUCAUCUGGCACAUUCAUUUUCUUGGUGGGAAAAGAGAAAAUUCAUUCCCCUUUUGAUAAUGUCCUAUGCUUUCAUAGUUGCAACUUAUUAUUAAGUAUAUUUGGUAGGAGGAGUGUUUCCACUCAAACAUGUCAGCCUUUUUAGUAGGCCCUUUUGUAAAAACCAAACUUGUGUGAGAUGCAAAUGUAUGGCGGAUCCUGUGGAUUCCAGUUGGUUAUCUGCAGGGUCGCCAGUUCUGCCAAGACAGUGCUGAGAUAUGGAAAAGGGCACUCAUUUUGAUCACUUUAAUUCUCUUGCCUUAAAAAAUCCCAAAUUCAAAAAGGAUUUGAGGUGAAUUUCAUUAAACAGAAUAAUAUGAUGCCACUUUGCAGCUAAAGUAAGCUCAGUGAUGCCUCUAUGUUAAGAAAAGAAUGCCAGAGGAAAAUUUCCAUGCCAAAUCAUUUAUUGCUGAAGAUAGCUUCAUUGCAAAUUAAAUAGUAUUCUUUUUCCAGAAUUUUUCCUCUGAUGACUUAGAAGUACAUAAAUAGAAGAAGUUAGAUACUACUCCAAAAUAUUCAUAAGCAAAUCUCACUGCCCUUAAAAUAAGGAAGUUGUGCCUGGUUCUCUGUGAAUAGAACCUUAGGUAGGAAAUAUUGAUAAAACUCAAAACCUUAGGGCAGUGUCUGCAUGGCAAGCCAGUAGGUGAAGGCGGACAAUCAUUAUCACCCAAUUAUUGAGUAAUAAUCUGAUUGAUUUGAUAGAUGCAGACACUCAAUUGGGAUAAUUUAAACUAAAACAGAUUAUGUUAGAGCUCAUAUUUCCAGGCUAUCUAUGUUGAUGUAUUGAAAAGUUUUCAGAUUUCCACAUAUGAAUGAAGAUGCAAGAUUAGAGAAUUUUUUUCCUUAAUUUUUUUAACAUAAGGGUAUCAGAGUGGAGGACCUAGAUUACGCUACCUGUGUUUGAAAAUAAUGCGCUUUGCCUAACCUUCAGCAGAAUGUAUUGUUUUAGCAUAUUCUAUGUAUAAAAAGUUUAAAGAUGUCUUCAAAGAAGACUAGAGUCUUUAAGUCACUUAUAGCUAUAUUUUACUACAAAAAUUUGUGUAUAAAGAUAUAUUUAAGUGUUUUAGAUAAAUUUAAGUUACUCCAUAUGAAAUGUUUAAUUUCAGUUACUGUGAAUUCUUUUGAUCAGUUCUUUGCUUUUUAAAAAAUCCUUUCCAUCUUGUUAAAAAGAAAAUUAGCUAUUAGGAGGUAUUAAAAGAUUCAUUUCUUAGAUGGACAGGGUUUAAACCUGUAAUAUAUUUAAAUGUAUAUUUUUAAGAGAGAUGCUACAUUGCCAAUGAUUUUUAUAAAUAACUUAAAAUUAACUUACAAAUUUAUAGAUACAAACCAAAAGAUUUUUAAAAGAGAGAGAGAGAAGAAAAAAAUUACCUUUUAUUUUCUUUGGGUUUCAUUGUCAGAAGUAUUAUUCAGAUCAGGAAAUCCAUGUUGAUGAAACCUGAUUGGAGAGUGAAUGUCAUUCAGUAUUUCUGAAAUGUUUCUAAAAAAUGAACAUUAAAAAAAUAGGGUGUUUUCUCCCUACCCUCUUGUUACAGCAUUUUUGGAUUGCUUCCUACUUCACAGUUGUAAUACAAAGUAUAAGUUCUACUUUUUUUUUUAACAUGUUCUCCAAGUUUCUUUAGAAUGGUUGUUAUAUUCCAGUUAAACUCUUCUAUCUGCAAAGUCUUCUGUUAUUUCUAUAGGCUACACCCUUAAUUCACAGAGGCUGUUUUGUUUGUUUGAUGCUAAAGCUAUUGUUGAAAUGCUCUAAACUCCAAGGCAGAUUGUGUAAUAUCCUAUAGCUUUUCGCCAUGUGGUGUUUACCAAGCUGUAUUUUAAAAAGUCAGAUUUCUUCUGUCUAAGCUGUUUCUAUAGCAUUUUCUAAACAAAAUGUUGUCUCUUCCUUGUCUCAUAAUGCAGUGUAAAUCCAUUUCCUGUGUGCGUUCUUAGCAGGCAUGAGUGUGAGUGUGUGGGUUGUGCCUGCGCGUGCAGGUCUUUUUGUACUGUAACUACCUCAUGGUCUGAAUGAUGAUUGUACUGCUGGUUGUGUUAACAGCACAUUUUGUUGGGUAAGUCGUAUAAGCGAUUUUUUUCCUGUUUGUUUUAUCUGGGGGUUGUUCAUGAAACUGACAGAUGUUUUUCU